AUGAAUGUUCGUUUGUUUGUUACAGGAGCCACAAAGGAAAUAGGAACGGCAUUAACAAGGGUCUGCCUUAGACACAGGGCUAUAGAAACCAGAAUGAAAACAUUUAUCAGCACGUUAAUGGAGCGUCUUAUAUCUCCAUUAUCGGAGCGGGCUGAUGAAUGGCGUCGCGGUUGUAAUGGUACCGGUGCAUUGAGCCGGGAACACGCUCGUGAGUGUAAACGAGCUAGGGCUGAGCUUCGCAGGCGGGUCCAUGACGCUCAGAGACACGCUAGGAAAGCGAGGCGGACGAAUCCAGAUGUUAAACGAAGGGCAGAUGUGUGUUUGCAGGAUAUCCAAGAACGAAAGCAGCAAUUGGAAGAGAUGGAAGAAAAGGCGGUGAAGGCCGCUCUGAUAGAAGAACGGAGCCGGUUCUGUAACUUCGUGUCUCUUCUUAGCCCUGUUGUGGAGAGUGAAGUUGCAAUGCUAGCAGAGGUCAGUCACCUUCAAGAGGGAACCGAACAAUUGUCGAGACAGAUUUCUGAACCGAGGAGUUUACCCGCUGGGAGUCUACAGGUUAUAUGCGAUAUUAAGUCUUGCUACAGUGGCUGGGCGGAGGGUGGCUCGGCUCCACACUCACCUUCAGCAUCACGACUUGGCAGUCGCAAGUCAUCACUGACAUCCAUAUCGUCUCUGAGCAGCCAAUGUUCCGAUCAGCAUGGUGUAUCAGGUUCAACAGUAAGUUGUUCAACGCCUAUAUCUACUGGAUCGUCUAUCGCACCAGUUAUGGAUUCCCAACGUGGACAGGGUUCAGACAAUCAAAGCAUAAACAGCGAAGGUGCGACUCCUUCUAAGACAAAUGACGAAAAUGAUUCAAACGAUCUCACGUCCAACUCGGCUUCAGCCACGUGGCCCGAUCUCAAAGACACGGCCCAGUUUGAGAGAGCGGCCUCAGCUAUAAUGGGGGGGAGACCGCAUACUAUAUCAGCUGGUACGGAUCGUUCUUUCCAACGACCGGCGUUGAGUGUUCAUACAUUCAGUGAGAACACUCGAGAGGGUAUAUACGCUAGACCGCCGCUACCUACUCGUUGUUCAUCAUUGGAGCGUCCCAGUGUCCCGGCGAGGAAUUCAAAUUCAACAAGAGCUGAGUUUAAACCAAAUAAACCUACGAGUCUUCCACCGCAUCUUGCUAAAGAAGUCCCUCAAGCUUUAUACGUGAACAUGUCAGAGCUAGCUACUAUGACGGCUUCUAGAGCACAGCAACAGAAUAAUACGGAGUAUCCUCAACAAGAGAAGGUAUGUUCAGAGAGCAGUGCUAGCGAAUCUUCUUUAGAAUCAUCGAGCGGUUAUGGAAGCCAGGGCGCAUUCGCCGGCGAAGAUCAUUCUCAUCUCAUACAUCCAGACGUUUCAUCGGAAAUAGUAACGCUACGUCAUAGCGAUUCAGUAGUGAUCGCGAGAGAGAAUUUCUCCAUAUCUUUGGGGAGUCUCGAGGAAGCAGUGAGAUGUUUGGACGAGGCAACUGAAUCACCAGCAUUCGCUACUAUAGGGAAAAAACCGGCCGUACCUAAAAGGAGGCCUGUGUCAAUGACAGCUCCCAGUUGGUCUCGUCGUGGCUCUAGUAGCUCUCAAGGCAAGCCACCGCCUCCUGUUAGACGUUCUUCAUCCAUAUCAAGGCCGAGACCUAUCCAGAACACAGUAUUGAGUGUCGUGAACUCGUCUGACGCUGACAACCUGCCUCCACCGCCGGCCUUCCUCCUGCAACCAGAUGAUGGGAACGCUCAUUCAGGCAUCAACGUAGCCGAGACGGUCAAACAGUUGACGGAACUAAAACAUAUGCCCGCUUCACCCGGCCUUGUGAGGAGAAAUGUUCAAAAUCAAAACGAGAACCAGUCACCUAUAUACGGAACCCAGAAACAGUUAUACGGAACCCAGAACCAAAAUACACCGAUAUACGGAACCCAGAACCAAAAUCUAAGCUCAUUCCAACAAGCUAAAAGCAAUUUCUCAUCCAGUGUAAGCUUGAACAGCGGUAACUUAAACCCUAUAUACUCUCAAACAGGCAACAGAAUGUUCGAGAACUCGCUGUUUGUAAGGAAGAACAGCUUGAAUAGCUCUAAUACUGAUAUAUACGGCGGUAAUACAGGUGUAUAUGAAUCUAAGUCACCACACGGCUCCACUCCUUCCACGCCGAGUUAUUCUGAAACCAAUACCUUCUCUAGUUUCGGACCGAGGGUAACGAAUGAAUCUCAUUACGGACAGACAGGUGUGAAGCUUCAAGAUCAGAGCGGUAUAUACGCAGCGCCCUCGCUCGUUAGAAGACUGACGCCGCGGGCUCACUCCGCUGAGAGACACGCUAAAGAACAUGGAGGUCUCAUAGCUACUUUAAGUGCUAAGUUAGCUCCACAACUGUCUCCUAGAAGCCCGAGACGAGCGAAUGCUAAUGUUACUGAAUCACCUGCUAAAGGAAAAGGUGUCCCAGCCACCGUUCAACCAGCAUUUUUGGACAAGCUGUCAGCUACUUUACAGCAUCAGAGACGAAUGCAAUCAAGAGCUAAUACAGUCAGAGAUCUCAUUAACGCACACGCACAGCCGGAUCCAAGGGUAUGUCACACAUCACUGAUGGAACAAAUCAAAAGAGGUGCGACUCUUAGAAGAAAUAAAUAUUGCAACGACAGAUCAGCGCCCAAAAUACGUUAA